AUGGCUACAGUCAGGACUUUAAUGAAAAUGAAUCCUACUUUCGCUGAACUUGCUGUUAAGCACGGCACGGACAAAAAUAGGGAAGAAAAAGCGCUGGUGACUCGGCAAGGCACUACCAUGGAAGUAGGCGGCCACCUCUACGCACCACACUACGAUUUCCACUUUCAACCUCUGCGCGACCGCGACAUUACCCUCUUUGAGAUUGGCGUGGGUGGCUUCGACGAUCGACAAGCUGGCGGAGAGUCGUUGCGCAUGUGGAAGGAGUACUUUCUCAAGGCCCAGAUUAUCAGUCUGGAUUACUAUGACAAGACUGCGUUGCAGGAAGACCGCAUCCGAAUCUACCAAGGCAGCCAAGAUGACCCAAAUAUCCUGCACAAAAUACACAAGGAACAUGGAGACUUCGACAUCAUUAUCGACGAUGGAAGCCACCUUUGUCAACAUGUCAUUGCUUCUUUCAAAAUCUUGUUUCCGCUACUUAAGAUUGGGGGCAUGUAUGUCGUGGAAGAUUUGGAGACAUCGUACUGGAAAGUGACGGGGGGCUCCAGUACAGAUCUGAACACGACGAAGUCUUCCAUGGGGUUUUUCAAGAGUCUGCUCGACGGGCUAAACCAUGUCGAGUUUGAGCUUCCAGGAUACAUGCCAACCUAUUUCGACAAACACAUUGUGUCCAUGACAUUUUAUCACAACAUGGUAGUUAUUUACAAGGGCGAAAACAACGAGCAGAGUAACGUCAUGGUUGACAAUCAGAUGCCACCGGCUCUGGCAGAGCUGUGGCCGAAGUUUGACUGGGUCAAGGAGGCUGAAGUGACACCGAGCGAAAAGUAG